CCGCCUAGUGCCGCGGGCGCGUUCUCCACUUUCCGAAGAGUUGCGGCCGCUCGCGACCCCCAGCGUUCGGGAGGCGCUGGGCGGAGCGGCCAGCUUGGCGGUAAAAGGAUGCCACGAAGAAAGAAAAAAAUUAAAGAAGCCUCCGAAGGUCAGAACCUUGAGAAGAAGGAUCUGGAAACCACCAGUUCUGUCAGUAUAAAGAAGAAGCGUCGACUGGAGGACUUACUCAUAGUGAUAUCUGAUAGUGAUGGAGAGGAAACAAAAGAGGAAAAUGGAUUACAGAAAAUGAAGACAAAACAGUCAAACAGAUCAAAGUGUUUGGCUAAAAGAAAAAUUGCACAGAUGUCAGAAGAAGAACAAUUUGCUUUGGCUCUCAAAAUGAGUGAGCAGGAAGCUAAGGAGGUGAACAACCAGGAGGAGAAAGAAGAGGAGCUCUUGAGGAAAGCCAUUGCCGAAAGCCUGAAUAGUCGCUGGUCUUCUGACGCUUCUGCUGCCAGACCCCGACCUCUGUCUACUGGGCCGUCCUCACAUCCCCAUCAAGACAGCACCAAAGAUUCUGGAACCACUGAAGGCAUAUGGCAGCUGGCACCUCCAUCACUGUGCAAAGGCUCACAGAUCAGUCAGGGAAACGAGGCUGAGGAAGGAAAGGAGCCCUGGGACCACAGUGAAAACCCUGAAGAGGAGCCGCUCUCUGGCAGCUCAGGAAGCCAGGACCAGUCAAGCCGGCCAGUGUUUGAGAAUGAGAAGGUUAAAUGUUUUGACAGAUGUCCUGGCCACUUGGCUGAGCACACUCAGUGUGGGAAGCCACAGGAAAGUUCUGGGAGUGGCUGUGCUUUUCCCAAAGCUGUCCAGGGUAGGGGGGACACGUGUAGGCAAUGCCUUCCUACCCCAGCAGACGCCAAAGGCCUCCAGGACAUUGGGGGCACAGUGCACUACUACUGGGGUGUUCCAUUCUGCCCUGCUGGAGUGGACCCUGAUCAAUACACCAGCGUGAUUCUGUGCCAGCUGGAGGUGUAUCAGAAGAGCCUGAAGAUGGCUCAGAGACAGCUUGUUAGGAAAAGAGGGUUUGGGGAGCCGGUGUUACCUGGACCUCCUUUUCUGAUCCAGAAUGAACGUGGCCAAGAAGAGCAGACUAGUGAAAAGCAUGAAGGCCUCUCAGAUGUGAGAGCUGGAGCUGGGGGGGAAAGGCAGGGCUCUGGGGCAUCUGUCUGGCCCUCAGAGACCAAGGAUUCCCAAAGAAGUCCCAUUACACGCUUGAAGCAGAGACUUCUGUUGGAGGAAGAACCAACAACCGGUCGUGGUCAGUCUUCCCAAGGUCUGUUUGUUGAAGAAACUUCUGAAGAAGUUCUGAAGAGUUCUGAAGGAGACGACGCUGUGCCUGCCUCACAAAGCAUUGCAGCUUUGACCAGUAAGAGAGAUUUAGUUCUUAUGUCAGAAGCUUCUACAGAAGAAGUCACUGUUUGCCCUGAGACACAGUUAAGUUCCUUUGAGCCCCUUGACCUGAAUGGAGAAGACUCUGUAGAUGGCAGAGAGAUCCCCACUGAACUAGGAAUGACAGUGAGUAAUAGGCAGGUUGAUCAUAGGGAAGCUGGUAAGAAGGACAGUCGUCCUCCUGCAGUCUCGGCUAGUGCCAGGGUGUCCUGCCCACUGUGUAACCAAGACUUCCCUCCCACAAAGAUUGAGCAGCAUGCCAUGUACUGCACUGGCCUGAUGGAGCCGGAAACAGUGUUGACUCGGGGAGGAAGAGAGGCCAAGAAAAAAAGUGAUGGUAGGACAGCUGUACAGCCUGCCCUGGACAUUAACAGGAAGGAGAAGUGUUAUCUGUGUAAGUCCCUGGUUCCACUUGGGGAGUAUCAGUGUCAUGUAGAGACCUGUCUCCAGCUUGCAAAUGUUGACAGAGAAAAUGGGACUGAAGGGAUGAGGAGACCAAGAGUGUGUGCACCUGUGGAGGGGAAACCGAAGCAGCGACUGAGGAAGUCAAAGGAAAAAGGCCAUAGUCAAGGCCGACUUCUCAGUCUCUUGGAGCAAUCUGAGCACAGGACCACAGGUGUAGAGAGAACCCCCAAGUGUUCCGAAGCAGGAGCCUUCAGGAUGCCCUCACCAGAUGUGGAAGAGGCUGGCUGCAGCAGAGAGAGGCAGAGUUCACUCUCAAAGCUCAACUUAAAUGAGUCUCCCAUCAAGUCUUUUGUUCCUGUUUCAGAAGCUACAAAUUGCUUAGUGGACUUUAAAGGCCAAUUUGCUUUCCGGUCACAAACCAAAUCAGGCAGAGGAAGGAGGAGAAAAUCUUGAAUUUCUUGAGACUGGAGGAUGACCAGAAUGAUUGUUGUUGGAUUGGUCAUGUUCAUUAAUUAUUGUGGUCUCCAGUUUGCUGUGAGAGUUCUGACCCUGUUGUUUUCACCACCAGCGUCCGUUCAGCACCCUGAUUUUUAUGUUUUAUAAGAUCUCUUCAGACAACUGUGAAUAGUAUUCUGUUUUACAACAGUCUGUUUGAAUUUGCUUAUAGUUAAAAUUUAAAUAUAUUUAUCUUUGUAUGAAAUCUUUUUUCAAUA